GAACAAAAUACGUAUUUCCGUCACUCGUGUAGCUGUUGCCUUGAUGUCGCUAGCUAAACAAACAUGGCUCUGCUUCAUUAUCAGACCACGGACCUUAAAGAUACGUAGGCAUAGGCGACGAUUCGUGAGAAAUGUGCCAAACAUGAAGCUGUAGAUGUAUUAUUUAGUCGGUUAGCUUAGUGUAGCCUUUUGUGACCGUGUUUACACACUGCUAGCCCCCCAGUGGGCUAAUGUAAGCUAACAAAAUGGACCUUGGAACAAUGUUGUACAAUAAUCUAAAGGAUGUUACAUGGAGCACGACGUCCUUACCAUUAGAUCAACUUGUCAGUGCUUACAGGAUGCCUCAGAUUGUCAAGCUGGAUAACGGUCAGUUGGUUGAAGGGCUCAGAGACAAUGACUACCUCUUGAUUCAUUCCUGCCGUCAGUGGACGACUAUUACUGCUCACAGUCUGGAGGAGGGACACUAUGUCAUUGGGCCCAAAAUAGAGAUCCCAGUGCACUAUGAAGGUCAGUUUAAGCUACUGGAGCAGGACAGAGAUGUCAAGGAGCCUGUGCAGUACUUCAACAGCGUGGAGGAGGUGGCCAAAGCAUUCCCUGAACGGGUAUACGUCAUGGAAGAAAUUACAUUCAAUGUUAAGAUGGCUUCAGGGGAAUGUAAUGAAGACACUGAAGUUUACAACAUUACACUAAGCACCGGUGAUGAACUGACAUUAAUGGGCCAGGCUGAGAUCCUGUACGCCAAGACCUCCAAAGAAAAAUCCAGGUUCAACACCAUUUUCAAGAAGAUUGGGAAGCUGAACUCCAUCAGUAAGAUCGGUCGAGGCAAGAUGCCUUGCUUGAUCUGCAUGAACCAUCGCACCAAUGAGAGCAUCAGCCUGCCUUUCCAGUGCAAAGGCAGGUUCAGCACCUGUAGUCCACUGGAGCUUCAGAUGCAGGACGGUGAACACACCAUCAGGAACAUUGUGGAGAAAACCCGUCUACCCGUCAAUGUCACAGUACCCAGCAGUCCACCCCGCAACCAGCACGACCUCCACCUCAUCCGCGAGGGUCAUCGCUACAAAUUGGUCAACAUUCAGACGAAAACAGUGGUCGUGUGCUGCAUUCUGCGGAGCAACAAAAUUAUACCCAUCCAUUUUCCCUUUCACAUGGCCAUGCCGAGAUUUAUUAUUCCAGAGGAACUGCUGCAAGGAGAGCUGUGGCUGGAUACCAUGGUACAUCGCUGGUUCUCCUUCUGCCAGGAGCAGUUUGACAUAGACGACUAUUCUCGUGCCGUCAGGGAUGUGCGGACAGACUGGAACGACGAUGGUAAGAGCCCGAAGAAAAGCAGUGGCAACGGUAGCUGCAGCGGAGGCAGCGGCGGCAGCAGCAGCAGCUCCAACGGGUGUCACAACCACAUGCAGAUUCCCAGCUCCUUAACUUACGCCCGUGAUGAACUCACCCAGUCCUUCCACCGACUGUCUGUGUGUGUGUAUGGCAGCAACCUGCACGGUAACAGCGAGGUCAAUUUGCAGGGCUGUAUGACGCUAUGUGGAGAUUGGGCUCUUCUGCCCUCUGAUAGCGUCCCGUCAGACUCGGGGGAAAGUGAACACUUUUCCCCCGAGCUGUUGGAAAGCACAAACCAACUACCAUCCCUCAGCAAGUCGGACGUUCCCUAUGAGGAGCUGUGGUUGGAUCACUUGAGAAGUCAGAUCCCGAAACCUUCAAUAAGUGAGGGAAUUCGAGGCCUCAACAACGGCUGUGGUCCGACAGCAGCCCCGUCUUACCCCGUCACUUGUCCUCUUGGUGCUGUAACCAGUUCAGAUGUGUCUCUUACUCCACCACCGGUCCCACCCAAGUCUGAAGCUGUGAAGGAAGAAUGUCGUCUCUUGAAUGCCCCACCAAUUCCUCCACGAAGUUUAAAGCAGAUGCCGUCAGUGCCCAUCCUGUCUAAGCCACGGCAGCAAGAGACUCGGUCUCCAAGUCCAACCCUCUCUUAUUAUUCUUCUGGUCUCCACAACAUUAGUGGAGCAUGUGAGCAAGAGGCGGCGGACCCACAAGAGCAUGUGUGCUACCCGUGUAACUGGGGUAAGUCCAACAGCACUGAGCCAAAUGCUACAUUGCCCAGUGGUAGCCUGCCAUCAGAUGGGAUGUCGUCCAGGUUGUCUUGGCCAAACAACUUCAGUGGAGAAUCGCACUGCAUGGAUGAAUUUCUGCCAGCCGGCUGUCGAAGCUACUACAGUUACCCCAGAAAGAGAUCCCCAAGCACCCCAAAAACCUGUACAUCCAGCCUUGUGGACUUUGAUGGCCGAGAGCACGCUCACUGCAGUAAGGACUUCAGUUUGCAGAAAGCUUCUCUGAGUCAGUUUUGCAUCAAAUCUUCAAGUUUCAAUUCAGAAAUGUACAGAGACAAGCCCAUAGAAGAAUCCAACACUAAGCAGAGCCUCUCUUGCCCCAUCUUACCACCGAGAACACCAAAAACAAAUGCAGCAAAGACGUGCACAGAUUCACCGCCAGGGUCAGUCUGUGACAGCGAGCAGGAAACUUCAAACUGCUCACUUACGCAACACGAGCAGGGCACAAAAGAGAUAUGUUCAAUCUCUAACUCAUUAACUCCUAACUGUCCGUCCUUUUCUCCCACUGCACAGUGGCAGCCCCCGUCCAACCUGGCUGGUCUUUCUAUUGAAGAGGUGUCCAAAUCUCUAAGGUUUAUUGGCCUGCCAGACGACAUAGUUUCUCUUUUUGUGUCUGAGAAGAUUGAUGGGAAUUUACUCCUGCAGCUCACUGAGGAGAUUUUGUCAGAAGACUUCAAGCUAAGCAAACUGCAGGUGAAGAAACUCAUGCAGUUCAUACAUGGGUGGAGACCCAAGAUAUAACUAACAGUAUAUGACACUAAAUCCUGUUAUAAAGCAGAGAAAGUCAUGCCUUCGGUAUAUAUGCUAUGCACACCAAGCCACAAAGAGUUUCUUUUUGUAUUAUAUGAAUUUAUUUCCUUGUUACUAUAUUGUGGGGAAGAUAGUUGGGUAAUAUCUCCCAGCCAACUUAAAGUCUGUGACUGCUAUUAACUAACUGAAUGGAAUCAUUUGGCACUUUCGUGAAGACAUUUUCGUGUCAGCUACUUAGUACUUUUUCACCCAAAGCCUAUUAGUGUUCAUGUUGUUACACAAAUCCUAAUUUAAGCCAACAAAUUUAAAAGUCAAACGCUUAAUAAGGACAUUGCUUCUGUUCGUAAAGGGAAAUAUCACAACAUUUCUGCUAUUUCCAGGAUUUUUAAAAGAGCACAAGAACCACAGGAUGGACUAUAGUAUAUGCUGCUUAUUUACCACAUGAAAAAACCAAUGUAAACAACAUUUACAUUUUAUAGUGGAUACACAGUUUGAAAUUUGGCUGGAUUAGGUUUGUGUUUUUAUUUUAGUAAUAAACAGCUUAAAUCUCAAACAUGCAAUUAUUUAGUUAUGCAGACGUAUAAUGUACGCACUGUUUUUAAACUCUAUCGUGAUAGAGAAUGCUGCUGCAAGUGCAUUUCUAAACAUGAAUCAAAACAGUGGAUUUAUUUCACUACUUUUGAAUGAAGUCAAGAGCUGCCUACUGCUAACAGGUAUUAAGAUAUACUUGUGUUCUUUUAAAAAUCCACCCCAUUGAGUUUUCUUAAACUGUAAGCUUGGUCUGCAACAGUGAACACACUACUUUUCCAAAUGGAAAUAGCCCAUCAUGAAAACCUUAUCUCUGAGCCCGUGGUAUCACACUGAUGUACAAUUCAUUAGAAUAUUAAUUAGGAAAAGUAAGAUAGGGGAGCUACGGCAUUACUGAAUAUGACUUGAUUUUACAGCUCUAAACAGAUAAUAAAAGAAUUAAAUUUUUAAAGACAGGCAUGUUGGAUAAAAACACAAACAUGAGCUUUCAACAUAAACUGAGAAGUAGUUGUCUGUACAUAAAGCUGACGUCAGGCAAGAGUUGGUUUACUGUCGUAUUUUAGAAGAUACAGUGUUGCAUGCAUUUAAACCAACUGGGUUUGUUGACCGAAAUCCCAUCUGUGAUAUUCUACUUUGUGGAACUACGCUCGGAAGAGUGAGCCACAUCAAAUGAUCAUCACAAUCUCUCAUGCAGCAAUAUGUUAUAUUUAUCAACUCUCCUUAUGCAAGGUCUUAUUUCUAUUUGAUGCCUUUUUAAUCUUAAGUCGAAUUAACUAAUUGCUUUACUUUGAAACAUGUCUGCUAAAAAUAACUUGAGGUUGUUUAUAACUGAAGAACACUGAGGCCUAACAAAACAAUGUCCUCCUUACUCUAAAACUAACAUGGAGAUAACUAACAAACAGAUAAUGGACCAUGACAGUCUACAUAAAAUACAAAUUAUGCAUCAUGCACUUUGGUAGAUUUCAGCCUAAUUAGUUGCAGUUAAGGUCAUUAAAUAUAAACCUAUAAAAGAAGAUUGUCUAUGUAGAGACUAUAUGCACUACACGCUUUUAAAACUAAACUGGUACUUUUCCUUUGUUCUCAUUGUAUGUAUUCUAUGUGUCUCCUAAUGCAAGAAACAAGUAAAAGAUAGCUUUUCUGCGCCUUAACCCAGAGUCCUUAAAAAUAUAUAAUAUUUCAUUUUGGCUUAACAUUUUCAUUUAGUCAGAGAAUAUACUCCAAUAUAAACGUCUCUAUAUGAAAAUCAGGGAAAGAUGUUAAACGUGUAUUUCCCCUCAGACCCAGAGAGGCACGUAAGCUGCAAUUGAAAAUGAUCUGCGAAAAUGAAAUAUUGGUUUAUAUUGGUACCAAACAUUUUAUUUUUUCCUACCGUCUAUCCGAUUCAGAUUUAUUUAUGCAGCUAUUUAACUCAUUUAACAUAAUGCAAAAUAAUGCAGAGUAGUUAUUGUCAGACUGUUUGUGCGGCUGAUAUAUAAAGGUGCCUCAGCAACAGCAGCCGUUCUACAACCCAGGUCUGAUCUGUUGGCCAACAGCAGUUUUUUUUCCCCCUCUGACACUUUUUGCAGUGGGGUGUUACAUAUUUUACUUGAUAUUUUUAUUUUUUAUCUAAGUGCAAAUUUAAUGUAAUUUUUUAAAGAAGUGAUUACUAAUGUUGAAAUUAGUUUUAUUGAAAAAAAAAAAACGAAGAAAAAGCUUAUGUUCAAGUUUUUCUGUUUGUUUUUUGUAUUCUGUACAACUUGAGUUCUACUUGGGUUUACAAAUCCAUGCAUUAAAAUAACACUUAGCCACGAGUUAAAAAAAAUACCUGCAAAUCUGUAACACUACAUGGACAGUGGCCAAAAAAAAUAAUAAACCGCUUGUCCAAGUUUCCAAGAUUUCCUUGCAACUUUGUCACAGUAUCCACAUUUUAUAUGGGGAAUGACAUGUGACACUUUUAUUAUAUGGUGUUUAAUGUCCUAUGCAACAGCCAUGGCACUGCAAAGAGACCCAGUGAAGGAACAGCAAAAGGCAAUGGGGUAUUAUGUGUAUCGGAAUUGCCAGAGUGUUAAUUUCAGGGGAAUAAAAAAUUGUGCAUGCCAAAAUAUAACUUUACCUGAAUAAUUCUGAGAUAUAAACUGUGAACAACAACUGACCUAGUCCCAUGUCUGUCAACUCUGAGCGAAGACUGUAUGAAUUAUUGCCAUUGUAACACUACGUUGGAAAGCAUCUGGGAUAGUAUUCAGCAUUACUGAAAUCCUGAGUUAUGGACAGUUAUCUCUUGUUUCCUUAUUUUUGAUUGUAUAAUCUAUUAAAAAUGGAUUAACAAA